AUGCCCUCGUUCUACAAGAGGUCUCACCGCCCGCGGGCCUUUCGCCUGUCUUUGGCGCGCCCAGCGGCACCUCCGACGCCGCCCGCAACACCCACCGCAACGACCGCUCCGCCACCUGUUGUUGCACCAUCGCAGCAGAAACCCAGGUUCACCGCGCCUUUCCCCCGGACGGUAAUCAAUCCCGGCCAUGUUCAAGGCCCGCUCGCUCCACCCUUGCCGUUCAACCAGCAAGACAUUACCCUGAUUCGCGCCGGAUAUAAACCGCAGUUCAACCCUAGCAAAACCACCGACAAUCCAUCAGGAGAAGGAGCAUCGACACCCAUAACUACUCCGGGGCCCAAUUCCAAAGGCAAGAAGAAAAUGGCGGAGCCGAGAGCCCGUGCCGCAAGGCACAAGGGGCAGAUGAACUUCGCUUCUGAAUUACGACUCCUCCUUCUCGCCUACGGCGACCCAGCACCCCACCCUUCCUUCCCCUCAGAGCCCCUCCCCGAAACCGUCCGCGUCCUCGACGAAAUCGUAACGGACUUUGUCCUUGAAAUGUGCCACGGCGCAGCACAGUACGCAAACUACUCGCGCCGGCAGAAGAUCAAGGUUGACGAUUUCCGCUUCGCGCUGCGUCGCGACCCGAAUAAGCUCGGGCGUGUGCAGGAGCUUUUGCGGAUGGAGCGCGAGCUCAAGGAGGCGCGGAAGGCGUUUGAUCAAAAUGAUGACCAGGUGGGAAAUCUGAAGGACGCUGGGAAGAAGGGGCUUGAGGAGAUUGGUGGAGAGGGUGCGGCUGAUGGGAAAAAGUCGAAGGGGAAGGGGAAGAGGGCUGCGAGGAGGGAUUCGGAUGCGACAGAGGAUACGGCGCUUAAAAAGAGGAAGGUUACGUCGUAA